AUGGGCUUCCCGGGCGAUCCCUCACCCCUGAGAUCUCUCCCAAAAUUGACUAUCAUCGGCCUUCGUCAUCGAAGCAAGCGAUAUGACAUUCCCGCUCAUUUCCUUCGAAACUACCCAAAGUUUGCCCCUUCAAGACUUGGCAUAUCGACUUUUAUCUUGUCCCAUGUUGACGAAGAUGUUGGGCAUACCGUGAUACACUUCUUAUACACAGGUGGCUACGAGACGGUCAGCUCGCCUCUUGGCGGAGGCACGUCAGAUCUCGCUAGAGAGUAUAAUAGGAGCGUUUUAGUCUACCAUGCGUCAAGGGUUUGGGGUCUUACUGAUCUUGAAGUCCUUGCUCAGCAAAAGAUGCAGCACUUCGAUGACGAGCUUCCUAUUAUUGAGAUACUGCGGGUCAUGAGGGGCGUUUUUUCAAGCCUCCCUGCUGGUGAAACUUGGCUUCUAGGUUACAUUCAAGAAAAAUUGCAGCGACAACUAAGGCCUAAUGAUCCAGGGCUUGAUUUAGGCGAAUUUUACGAUAUCAUCGGCCAAGACCAUAAUUUGAUAAUGCGGUGA